AUGUCCACAUCCACACUUUGUUAUCGGCAAUGCAUACACUUUCCUGAUGAUGACCCGGUUCCUACUCUCUUCGUAGAUGCCGACAGACGAUCUCCUGAUGACCAGUGGCUUUCCGCUAGUAGGGAGCUGAGAGAACUACUGGAAGCCAAUGGCCUCUCCAUGUUCAAUGUAGAGAUAUGCGACGGUCGAGUGAACUCAACAAAGUACUCCUCACCAGUCCCAUCCUCUGACCCGAUUUAUCCACUAUGGGGCGAUAUUCUGAACCAGAUGUUACAUGAGAUUGAUUUGACGCAUAUCCUCACAAUAGACUGCUUACGUUUUGGGGAGAGUAUUGAUGGAGAUACUAACCCAAUAACAGUCAUUCUCACUAUCGACCGCGUCUCAGCCUUCUAUUCUUGGAAAGCCACACGAGAAACGAUAAUCUCAAUACUUGGCGAAUAUAACUUGCAUCAUACCGGGGUUAUAAUUGCACAGGGUCGUUUCUAUCGAGGCACAGAUAGCAUAGAUCAACGUCUACCAGAAACUGCAUGGCAGAGCCAUCUGCAGGUAGGCUUGAGCCUCAGUAUAUAUCAGUCAACGCAUUCAUCUUCGACGUUUGGUGGCUGGCUGGAAAUUCGAGAACGAGAGGGAUCUGACUGGAUUAAACUAGGUCUCUCGCCCAAGGAUCAAGCAGACAUCUACAAUUCAUUCUCAACGGGUGUUUCGGGCAACGACCCAAUUUGCAGGAAACUUCGAGUAGAACAACCAAGUCUAAAGGAUUCAACCUCAGAAAUCAAUGAAUUAUCAGCCAGAUUGAAUGAAACUCCGGACAUAGUUUUCACUGCUAUUAAGGAGAUUAUUGAACAAGAUGGAGAGGUGAGCCCAAGGUCCCGUUGGCGGUAUAAUUGGAUUACAGUUUGGAGAACCGCAAUAUCGAAGAUUAAAGAUUUUCACAAAUCUGACGUGCCAUGCAACGACCUGCUAUCUUCCGUAUUGCCAAUCAACCCUCGCUUUGAAAUUAUUUUGAAAACGGAUCAAGUCCUAUUCAGUCCGUCGUAUGCAGGACAUGUAUAUGCUGCGUCAGGGUACCGGCAAUUCUCCUCCAGCAACAACCAAAAGCGACAAGCAGACUGGGCACUCCUUGAUGUGCCAAAAGCUAGGCAGUCGAGCAACACGGUCAUGACGUAUGGAGAGACUGGUCUUUACGCUGAUACCAUACCAUUGCAGCCCUUUCCAGGAAUCCCUAAUGAAGGUACUGAACUCUUCAAGCUAGGGUGGAAUCUCAGAAAUAAAACUCUUGAACACACCGUCACAGGCGCUUCGGGAACACUAUUUUCGGACCCCGGAGACUCUGGUGCUUUAGUCUUUGAUAGCGUCGCAAACUGCAUUGGGUUAAUCUUCGCUGGCAACACGUUUUCGAGAGCCUCUUAUAUCACGCUCCUACCCGACUUGUUUGACGACAUCAAGACUAUUACCGGCGUCGUUGACGUCCGUAUUGCUGAAUAG